CCCCGCCCGCCCGCCCACUGGGCCGCCGUCUCGCGCCGUCAGGACCCGGAGCCUCUGUGCUUGGGACGAGUCCGGCGGAGGCGCCCGACGCGCGGUCAGGAUGUCAGGGCGCACGGGUGCCGCCAAGAUGCUCCACAGCCCCUGCUCCGCCCUCCUGCUCUGGGGGCUCCUGGGGGCCGUCCACGCCCAGCAGCAGGAGGUCAUCGCCCCAGGCACCUCCGACAGGAACAGCUGCCCAGAGAAGGCCGACUGCCCGAUCCACGUGUACUUCGUGCUGGACACGUCGGAGAGCGUCACCAUGCAGUCCCCCACCGACAGCCUGCUCUCCCACAUGCAGCAGUUCGUGCUGCAGUUCAUCAGCCAGCUGCAGGACGAGCUCUACCUGGACCAGGUGGCCCUGAGCUGGCGCUACGGCGGCCUGCACUUCUCCGACCUGGUGGAGGUGUUCAGCCCGCCGGGCAGCGACCGGGCCUCCUUCACCAAGAGCCUGCAGAGCAUCAGCUCCUUCCGCCGGGGCACCUUCACCGACUGCAUGCUGUCCAACAUGACCCAGGAGGUCCGGCGGCACGUGGGCAAGGUGAAGGUCAACUUCGCCGUGGUCAUCACCGACGGCCACGUCACCGGCAGUCCCUGCGGGGGCAUCAAGCUGCAGGCCGAGCGGGCCCGGGAGGAGGGCAUCCGGCUCUUCGCGGUGCCCCCCAACCUGCAGCUGAACGAGCAGGGCCUGCGGGACAUCGCCAGCACGCCGCACGAGCUCUACCGCAACAACUACGCCACCAUGCGCUCCGACUCCACGGAGAUCGACCAGGACACCAUCAACCGCAUCAUCAAGGUCAUGAAACAUGAAGCCUACGGAGAGUGCUACAAGGUGAGCUGCCUGGAGAUCCCGGGGCCCCCCGGCCCAAAGGGCUACCGCGGCCAGAAGGGUGCCAAGGGCAACAUGGGUGAGCCCGGAGAACCUGGACAGAAGGGGCGACAGGGAGAUCCAGGCAUCGAAGGCCCCAUUGGAUUCCCAGGACCCAAGGGGGUUCCUGGUUUCAAAGGAGAGAAGGGCGAGUUUGGAGCCGAUGGGAGGAAGGGCGCCCCCGGCCUGGCCGGCAAGAACGGGACCGAUGGUCAGAAGGGCAAGUUAGGGCGCAUUGGACCUCCUGGCUGCAAGGGCGACCCCGGCGAUCGGGGCCCCGACGGUUACGUGGGGGAAGCGGGCAGCCCUGGAGAGCGAGGAGACCAAGGUGCCAAGGGGGAUGCUGGCCGCCCAGGACGCAGAGGACCCCCGGGGGAAAACGGGGCAAAAGGAAGCAAGGGUUACCAAGGCAACAACGGAUCCCCGGGAAGUCCGGGCGUGAAGGGGGCCAAGGGCGGGCCUGGGCCCCGAGGACCCAAAGGCGAGCCGGGGCGCAGGGGAGACCCUGGAACAGGGCGGCCCGGGCAGCGAUGGCCCAAGGGCGAGAAGGGGGACCCUGGCCCUGAGGGCCCCCGGGGCCUGGCUGGAGAGGUCGGCAGCAAAGGAGCCAAGGGAGACCGAGGCCUGCCUGGACCCAGAGGCCCCCAGGGAGCUCUUGGAGAGCCCGGGAAGCAGGGAUCUCGGGGAGACCCCGGCGAUGCUGGUCCCCGCGGAGACUCAGGACAGCCUGGCCCCAAGGGAGACCCCGGCAGGCCUGGAUUCAGCUACCCGGGCCCCCGAGGAGCACCCGGAGAGAAAGGCGAGCCUGGCCCCCCUGGCCCCGAGGGGGGCAGAGGUGACUUUGGCUCCAAAGGAAGACCGGGGACAAAAGGCCAGAAGGGCGAGCCUGCGGAUCCUGGUCCCCCUGGUGAGCCAGGCCCCCGGGAGAGAGGAGCCCCAGGACCAGAGGGAGAGCCUGGCCCCCCAGGAGACCCCGGCCUCACGGAGUGCGACGUCAUGACCUACGUGAGGGAGACCUGUGGAUGCUGUGACUGUGAGAAGCGCUGCGGCGCCCGAGUGGUGUUCGUCAUCGACAGCUCUGAGAGCAUCGGCUACACCAACUUCACCCUCGAGAAGAACUUCGUCAUCAACGUGGUCAACAGGCUGGGGGCCAUCGCCAAGGACCCCAAGUCGGAGACGGGGACCCGCGUGGGUGUCGUGCAGUACAGCCACGAGGGCACCUUCGAAGCCAUCCAGCUGGACGACGAGCGCAUCGACUCGCUGUCCAGCUUCAAGGAGGCCGUCAAGAACCUCGAGUGGAUCGCCGGCGGCACCUGGACGCCCUCGGCGCUCAAGUUCGCCUACAACAAGCUCAUCAAGGAGAGCCGGCGCCAGAAGACGCGCGUGUUCGCCGUGGUCAUCACCGACGGCCGCCACGACCCCCGGGACGAUGACCUCAACCUGCGCGCGCUGUGCAACCACGACGUCACGGUGACGGCCAUCGGCAUCGGGGACAUGUUCCACGAGAAGCACGAGAGCGAGAACCUGUACUCCAUCGCCUGCGACAAGCCGCAGCAGGUGCGAAACAUGACGCUCUUCUCCGACCUGGUGGCGGAGAAGUUCAUCGACGACAUGGAGGACGUCCUGUGCCCAGACCCCCAGAUCGUGUGCCCCGACCUUCCCUGCCAAACAGAGUUGUACGUGGCCCAGUGCACGCAGCGGCCCGUGGACAUCGUCUUCCUGCUGGACGGCUCCGAGCGGCUGGGCGAGCAGAACUUCCACAAGGCGCAGCGCUUCGUGGAGGACGUGUCCCGGAGGCUGACGCUGGCGCGCAGGGACGACGACCCGCUCAACGCGCGCGUGGCGCUGCUGCAGUUCGGGGGCCCGCGCGAGCAGCUGGCCUUCCCGCUGACCUUCAACCUGACGGUCAUCCAGGAGGCGCUGGCGAGCUCGCGCUACCUCAACUCCUUCUCGCACGUGGGCACGGGCAUCGUGCACGCCAUCAACCAGGUGGUGCUCGGCGCCCCGGCCGGGGCGCGCCGCCACGCCGAGCUGGCCUUCGUGUUCCUCACGGACGGCAUCACGGGCAACGAGAGUCUGGAGGAGGCGGUGCACUCCAUGCGCAAGCAGAACGUGGUGCCCACCGUGGUGGCUGUGGGCAGCGACGUGGACGCGGAUGUGCUGUCCAAGAUCAGCCUGGGCGAUGAGGCCGCCGUCUUCCGCGAGAAGGACUACGACAGCCUGGUCCAGCCCGGCUUCUUUGACAGGUUCAUCCGCUGGAUCUGCUAGCGCCCCCCGACCCCCCACCCCAGCCCCCUGCCCCGCCCCUCCUGGCCCCACGAGCCCCACUCCUGGCCCCCCGACACCCCCUGGGCGCUGUCCCCCUGUCCGUGGUGCUACUCAGACCCCAGGAGGGGUCCUGCACGCAGAAGACUGUCUCUCCUCGUGUGGGUGUAAAGUCAGCAGUGGAGGACCCCCGCCCACCACCCUCGGUGCCUUCCGACCAUGCCCCGCCCGCUAUGCCCUCUUGGGACCCGGGGGCUUCCUGGGCCGGCCUCUUUCAGCCCAGCCUCCUUCCCAGACCCAUCCUCCCUCCAGUGCCCUCCGCAGGCUCUCUGCCAGCCCUCCUGGCCCGGCUCCCAGGUCUCUGGGGGUCACUUGCCCCCAUCAGAGUGAGUGGUGACCACAGGCCCUGCCCCCACUGUGUACACACUCCCUAGCCCAAUAAAGGCUUUGAACCCCUUUGGCUCCCCAACUCCCAAGUGUCUGUGCCAUGGGGAUGCUGGGACCAUUCACAUAACCCAUGCUCACCCCUUGGGGUCCCCCAGAUUGCUCUGUGCCUCAACCAUGGAAUCCACCUCCGCUUGGUUGGCUUUGGGCUGAAAACAGCGCUGACCAACGAAAUCUCUCUCUGUCCCCAAGCGGGGCCUCAGCACGUUAGGAUGUCUGUUUGCAUGGGGAUAUUUUAAGGAGGGAGCCUGAUGGUAUAGACAGGUCAGGAGGAUUCUGUGGUGGGGCAGACACGCUUGGUCACAAACACUUAGCUCAAGCGCCUUCCUGAAUGUAUCUUACAUUUCACUACAAAACGGUGAAGGAAAAAUCGGGAAAGAAUGAGGGAAUAAAAAGCAUAUUAAGUAGGAGUCUCUCUGAACUUGAAAGAUAUCCAGGCCUCUGGUUAAGUAGAAAUAAAAUUCAGCAUUUGAUCUGCUCUCUUUACGUAGUGAAGGAAGGAAGCAUUAAGAAUCUCUAUCUACUCGUGUUUGUGGUGACCUAAAUAAACACUACACGGACAAA